UAUGGCACGUCGUGUCUACCUCACUGUCAAGGACUGAAACUAUUUUUCCACCUUCACUUUGUUUCCCAUUACAUCUAAAGUGAAUUUUCUUUCAUUUUACCCAUUCAGAUGCAAUUUUCAGUCGUGGAUUAUUCAGUUUUAUUUGUUCUAAGUUGUGUGAGUAGGGUUGACUGUGUGGACUAUGCUCACCUUAGCCGAUUAAAGAAGGGGGAGUGGAGGAAUUGAUUCUGUGGAGGGUGAAGCUCCACAGCCGACACUGAUCGUACAGAACAAUUCUAAAGAUGCAAAGGAACUCUACGACAUCUAUGCCCCUGAAUACCACAGCAAUCACCAAAUCGAAGGAACAAAUCCUUACCCAGAGCUCCGGAGCCAUGAUAGCUGUCAUCGUCAUUGGAAUAAUCAUCAUUCUCACAUUUUUGCUCAUAGUUCUAAAGACGUACAACAGGAGGACCCAUGCAACCAGGAUGCUGACAGGAAACUCCUCUAAACCCAGAAAGAAAUCUUCUACUAUCACAAAUACAAACCUGGCCAUGAGCAACAUGGGGCCAGGUUCAGCCAAUGGAAGCAUCAUGCAGUCUAACUCUAACACACCUUCAGAAAAUGGAUUUCGCAUACCACGGGUGAACCUUAGCAACAUGAAUCCGAGUAACGGGGAACAAUUCAGCACCACAAGUGGUUCAACCAUAGUGACGAUACAUGACAUGCCACCAAUGGAUAACACAUAGCAGACAUCCUCUGGAGUCACAUGUGUAAAAACACUCACACAAACAUGAACAAAUCUGUGGAACAGUCCCAUGGAAAAUGAGCCUCGACCCACUGUUGAACAUUCACUGCACGACCGGGUCUUGUGGAAGAUUGGGGACCUGCCAGAUAGGCUUGGAAAUAAAGAAAACUUUAAGAGAACCCAUAUAUUAUAAUGAAGGACAUGAGGAAUACUAAAUUCCAAACACUCGAUAUGAAUAUAGUUUAACGCUUCACACUGAAUUUGUUGAUCAAAUAUAGUGAAAUAUAUUUUGUAAUCUAUAUUUUCUGCAGUGGGCAGAAUUACGAUGGACCAUGCUUUCCCUCUGAAAGCCAGAAUUCAGUCAUAAUGUCCAGUCCAUUUUUGUGUAUUAUAGCAUUUGCACUCUUAUAGUAAAGUCCUUGUUGUCCACAAACACAUUCAAAUGUUUGGCCAAGCUAAAUAUAACAUUUAAAUGUAAUAA